UUCAUAGUCAUUCACGGAAGAGAUCUCUCAGCAGUGGGCAAGGGCUUCAACCACAGAGACACCUGUUCUCAGGUUAACUACGUUUCUGCCAUGCUUCAUUUAAGUGAGGGGGAUUUUGUAUGGGUGGACUCUGGCAGUGUAGUCCCAAUUGGGGCAGAAGUGAAGGUUACUGACACUGGGCAGCUUCAGCUCAUCGAUGACGAAGGAAAGGAACAGAAGAUCAACAAGAAGAAUCAGAGCAACAUCCGUCCCAUGCACCCCACCUCAGUGAAAGGUGUGGACGACAUGAUAAUGCUCGGUGAUCUCAACGAGGCCGGGCUGCUCAGGAACCUGCUGGUGCGCCACAAAGAGGGCAUCAUCUAUACAUACACAGGCUCCAUUCUGGUCGCAGUGAACCCCUACCAGCUGCUGCCCCUCUACACCACGGAGCAAGUUCACAUGUACACAGACAGGCGGCUGGGUGAGCUGCCCCCCCAUGUGUUUGCCAUCGCAGACACCUGCUUUUUCAACAUGAGGCGCAACAAGAAGAACCAGUGCUGUGUCAUUAGUGGAGAGUCUGGAGCAGGGAAAACUGAGAGCACCAAGCUGAUGCUGCAGUUCUUGGCUGCAGUGAGCGGUCAGCACUCGUGGAUCGAGCAGCAGAUUCUUGAGGCCAACCCCAUCCUGGAAGCCUUUGGUAACGCCAAAACCAUUCGAAAUGACAAUUCCAGUCGAUUUGGAAAGUACAUCGAUAUCAACUUCACCAAGGGUGGGGCCAUUGAGGGGGCCCGUGUGGAGCAGUACUUACUGGAAAAGUCCAGAGUUUGUCGUCAGGCACCUGAGGAAAGAAACUACCACAUCUUUUACUACAUGCUGAUGGGCAUGUCUCCUGACCAGAAAAAGAUUCUUUCUCUGGGAACGGCUGCAGAGUACAAAUACCUGACCAUGGGCAACUGCACCAGCUGUGAAGGACGUGACGAUGUGAAGGAGUACGCUCACUUCCGUUCAGCCCUAAAGAUCCUCAUGUUCACAGAGACAGACUCCUGGGAAAUCUCCAAACUGCUAGCCGCCAUCCUUCACCUGGGCAAUGUGGAAUUUGAAAGCACUAUAGUGAGUAACAUGGAGGGCUGCGACAUCGCCAAAUCAGCCCAUUUCAGCAUGGCAAGCCAGCUUUUGGAGGUUGAUCCCAUACCACUGGAGAAGUGUCUGACUCAGCGCUCCGUUACGACUGCCAGGGAUACCGUGAACAAACCUCUGAACUCUGCUCAAGCUGUAGAUGGCAGGGACGCCUUUGUCAAGGCUAUAUAUGGCAGACUUUUCAUCUGGGUGGUGGACAAAAUCAAUGCUGCUGUUUACAAGGUGCACGAGGAUGACAAAGAGCUCCAGCAGUCGAUAGGCCUCCUGGACAUCUUUGGCUUUGAGAACUUCAACAAAAACAGCUUUGAGCAGCUCUGCAUCAACUUCGCCAACGAGCAGCUGCAGCAGUUCUUCGUCAAGCAUGUUUUCAAGCUUGAGCAGGAUGAGUACGCUCGUGAAAACAUCGUCUGGAAGCAAAUCGACUACCAAGACAACCAGGGCACACUGGACGUUUUGGCGAACAAACCUAUGAAUUUGUUGUCUCUCAUUGAUGAGGAGAGCAACUUCCCAAAGGGCACAGACACCUCCAUGCUCCAGAAACUGAAUCAGUUUCACGAAAAGGGCAAGAUCUACAUGCCUCCCAAAAACAACUAUGAGACACAAUUUGGAAUACAACACUUUGCUGGAGUGGUCUACUAUGAUUCAAAAGGUUUCCUUGAAAAGAACCGUGACACUCUUAGUUUGGACCUGAUUCAGCUGGUGGAAACAUCAACCAACAAACUCCUCAAGCAGACCUUCAAGACCGAACUGACAUCCAACUCCAACACAGCCAAGAGCACCAACCCCAAGAUGACCAUCAACACACCUAAAAGCAGCCUCCGGCAAGCACCUGAAGGCAAGAAACGUGUGCCAACUCUGUCUGGCCAGUUCCGUCAGUCUCUGGAUUCCCUAAUGAAGACCCUGACUGUGUGUCAGCCUUACUUCAUUCGCUGUAUCAAACCCAAUGACUUCAAGAAGCCCAUGCUGUUUGACAGAGAGCUGUGCAUACGGCAGCUGCGUUACUCUGGCAUGAUGGAGACCAUCAAGAUCCGGAAGGCUGGCUAUCCUGUCCGAUACACCUUCAACGAGUUCUUAAAUCGCUACCGUGUCCUCCUGAGGACCUACAUCUGUGAUCCCAAAACCGAAAGCCAAGAGAAAUGCUGUGAGAGCAUUUGUAAAAGAGUUCUUACUGGAGAAGGCGACUGGAAGAUGGGCAAGACGAAGAUAUUCCUCAAGGACUUUCAUGACACCAUGCUGGAACUGGAGCGAAUGAAAGAGUUAAAUGUAAAAGCUCUUUUGAUCCAAAGAGUCCUGCGGGGCUUCAAAUACAGGAGAGAAUUCUUGAGGAAAAGGUCAGCUGCCAUUGUCAUUCAGAAGCACUGGAGAGGAUACAAAGGCAGGAAGCUCUACAAAGUGGUGCAGCUUGGCUUUGCAAGGCUGCAGGCACUCGCUCGCUCUCGUCAGAUCCACCUCCAAUACAAGAAGAGGCGGGAGGCGGCUCUGGUGCUGGAGACCCAAAUCAGAGGGUACCUGGCCAGGAAGGAGUGGAAGCGCAAGAGAGAUGCAGUGAUCCUGCUGCAGGCGCACACCAGGGGCAUGCUGGAAAGAAAAAAACUCCAAAAGAUGAAGAGAGAUAUGUACCUCUCUGCAAAAGAGAAGGAGGAAGAACGACGGGCCAUUUUGGCCAAACAGAAGCACUUGGAGGAAGUUUUGAGGCAGAAGAGAGAGAUGGAGGACAAAGAACAUGCUGAAAACAUCAGUGACCAGGAGAUGGUGGACAACAUCUUUGGCUUCCUGCCCAAUGUUGUUGGAGGGCAGGAAGGGCAGGCUCCUAUUGGAUUCGAGAACAUUGAAGGAAAAAGGACCGUAAUUGAGCAGAUAGACAUCGAUGAGCUUCCUCUGGAAGAAGAACUUCCUGAAGACGACUAUGAAGACCUGGAUCAGUACUCCUUCUCUAAAUUCGCCUCCAUUCACUUCCAAGGAGCAGCCACGCCCACCUACAUCCGGCAGAGGCUCCAGCAGCCCCUGCUGUACCACGAGGAAGAAGGAGAUGUUGUGGCUUCGCUCACAGUGUGGUGGAUCAUUCUCAGAUUUAUGGGAGACCUCCCUGAGCCAAAGAGACAGGGCAGAGUUCAGGGGAGUUCUGCCCGGGAACGAAUUCUGCCACAAGACCUGAUCUCCAGGCAGGACAGACGUCUGAGCCACAUGGUGGGCCUUGAUCAGAGAGUGCUAAGGAAAAACCAAGAGACGACACUCGCUGCAGUCCAAGAGAACCCAGACCAAAAGAGAAAGGGAUCAAUUUUCACAGACCUUCUGUCAAAAAACAGGAAACCCUCUGCGGUGCCCAGCGAUACCGCUCCAAACGUGAAGGCGUACACUGCGCCCGAAGUUAACCCACGAGCGAGAAAAGGAUCCACGUUCACUGACCUGCUGUCCAGAAACAAAAAAGUCCCUUCUGGUAAAGACAGCAUAAAUAUUAAACCAGCAACAAACUUCAGGAAGCCCUCCAUCAUCAUGGAAGAGUCAGAUGAUCUAAAGGAGGUGUCAAAGCCCACCACACUGCAGACUGUGAGCGAGGACAGUGAUGUUAUGGUUGGAGAAGGGCUCACCCUGGACAGGCCCCUGUCAUCUCUAGAAAAAGUCCACUACAUUGUGGGAUAUGGCAUCAUCAGGCCUGAUCUCAGAGAUGAGAUUUACUGUCAGAUCUGCAAACAGCUUCAUGAAAACCACAACCGGAACAGCUACUUCCGCGGGUGGAUCCUGCUCUCCCUCUGUUUGGGCGUGUUUCCUCCUAGUGAGCGCUUUUUAAAGUACCUGCAAAGUUUUUUCCGUUUUGCUCCUAUGGGGUUCCCUUCCUACUUAGCCGAGAGGCUUCGGCGCACCAUGCUGAAUGGAGCAAGAGGGGAGCCUCCAGCCUGGCUCGAGCUGCAGGCAACAAAGACAAAGAAGCCUAUGUUAGUGUCUGUGGCCCUGUUGGAUGGACGAUCCAUUAACCUUCCUGUUGACUCUGCAUCUACAUCCAAAGAAGUCUGUCAGCUGGUCUCCAACAAAAUCAAACUAAAUGACACUUUUGGCUUUUCUCUCUAUGUAGCCAUGUAUGAAAAGGUGUGGGCCCUGGGGAGCGGCCGGGAGCACGUGAUGGAUGCAAUUUCCCAGUGUGAGCAGGAGGUGAAGAGGAGGGGAGGCCAGGAGCAGCACGCCCCGUGGCGGCUCUUCUUCCGCAAGGAGAUCUUUACUCCAUGGCACGACUGCAGAGAGGACAAGAUCAGCACUGACCUCAUCUACAAACAAAUUAUCCACGGUCUGAAGUAUGGAGAGUACCAGACUGACAAGGAGGAUGAUAUCAUUGAGCUCGCUGCUAAGCAUCUGUACAUCCAACAUGGCUCAGAUAGUCAACCUGAGAAUGUGAAGGAGACUGUGAAGGACUGCAUCAAGAUCUCACUGCUUGAGGCCAAGUCAGAAGAAAAACUGGUUCAGAUGAUCCACACAGCUCACGCUCAGAGUUCCUUCCUGAGUUCAAGGCAAAAAGCAGACCUGGUGAAGGCAGAGGUGGUCGACUAUGCCAGAGAGAAGUGGCCCAUAUUCUUCUCCAGGUUCUUUGAGGUUACCAAACAGUCAGGUCCCCCAUUGCCAAAGAGCAAGUUCAUAGUGGCCAUAAACUGGACCGGUAUCACAUUCCUGGAUGAGAGAGAGAAGAGGCUGCUGGAACUCUCCUUCCCAGAAGUGACAGGAGUUAACACCUUAAGGGAGGGUAAGACCUCUGGUCAUUCUGUGUGUCUGCUGACACUGAAAGGAGACUUCACCCUGAGCGGAUCUUCAGCUGAAGACAUGGCCGAGCUGAUCACCAUGUUCCUCAGUGGGCUGACGGAACGUUCCAAGUAUGCUGUGGCUCUAAAAGAAGUCAGCAGCCAAGAUGACCCCACACUCCUGAGCUUUAAAAAAGGAGAGCUCAUCAUCCUUAUCAAAGAUGAUGAGUUUUCUAAGCAGCGUGGCUGGAUUAAAGGACAAAACAACAGCACCAAAAAAACAGGAGCGGUCUCCAUUGAGUCCAUCUUUAUCCUACCAACGCUCAGCAAACCCAGCAAUGAAGUCUUGAACAUCCUCAACCUGUCACCAAACCAGAGGAGGAACUUGGUCCAGGCAAACCAGAGAGAUAUGGGCACCGUGGAGAGAGUAGCUCCUGCCUCGCUGAAGGAAUUUUCUCUUCAGUAUUUUAGGCAACCCAUCAAGGACGUCAACCGUCAGGUGAUGUCUAGGAACUCUGCACCAGAGAGGCUGUGGGCUCACUCUAGAGAACCAAUCAGACAGCCUCUCCUCAAGAACCUGGUGGGCAACCCAGAGCUCAGCCACAAAGCCUGCCUGGCCUUCACUGCAAUCCUAAAGUAUAUGGGAGAUUACCCCACCAGGCAGGUGCAGAGUCCUCUCGAGCUCACUGACCAGAUCUUCAGCCCUCCCGCUAAACAUGAAGCACUCAGGGAUGAGAUCUACUGCCAGAUCAUGAAGCAGAUGACCAGCAAUAACAACAGGUUCAGUAUAGAGCAGGGCUGGCAGCUGCUGUGGCUCUGCUGUGGCCUUUUUCCACCCAGCCAGUCCCUUCUGAGGCACGCUCAGAAAUUUCUGGAGUCUCGCCGCCGAGAGCCCCUGGCCUCCGACUGUCUGCAGCGGCUGCAGAGCUCACUAAGGACUGAUCCCAGGAAGCUCCCACCACACCAGGUGGAGGUGGAUGCCAUCCAACAGAACAGCACCCAGAUCUUUCACAAAAUCUACUUCCCCAACGACACAGAUGAGAUAUUUGAGGUGGCAACCAGCACCAGGAUCAGGGAUCUCAUCCAGAACAUUUCCAAAAACCUCAAACUGGCUUCAGCUGAUGGCUUCAGCAUCUUUGUGAAAACACACGACAAGGUUCUCAGUUUGAAUGACACAGACUACUUCUUUGACAGCCUGAGACAAAUCACUGACUGGUCGAAGCAAGCCAAACGAAUUAAAGAGGGUGGACCAGUCAACAUAGUCUACCAUGUGUUCUUCAUGAGGAAGUUGUGGUUCAAUGUAAUCCCUGGCAGGGACGCAAAGGCUGAUCUUAUCUUCCAUUACCCUCAGGAGUUACCAAAGUACCUGAGAGGCUAUCACGUUUGUACCAAGGAGGAAAUGGUCAACAUUGCCGCUCUGCUCUUCAGGGUAAAGGUCAGCGGUGACAAAAACCAGAUUGCCAUGAUUCCCAAGGUGCUGAAGGAGCUCGUUCCUGGCGACCAGCUGAAGGCCAUGUCUGAAAAUGAGUGGAAAAAGAAUAUCGUCGCCUUCUUUAACAAACAAGCCGACAUGACUGUUGAAGAAGCAAAAAUUGCAUUUCUGAAAGCCGUUUGCCGCUGGCCGACAUUCGGCUGUGCUUUCUUUGAAGUGAAGCAAACCUCAGAGCCAGAUUUUCCAGAUAUUGUGCGAAUCGCCAUCAGCAAGACUGGACUCACAAUCAUGCACCCAAAAACAAAGGCUGUUCUGGCAAAUCACCCAUACAACAAAAUUGCUAAUUGGUGCAGUGGUAGCACCUACUUUCACAUGACCGUGGGCAGCUUAGUGAAGGGUAACAAAUUCCUUUGUGAAACGUCGCUGGGCUACAAGAUGGAUGAUCUGAUAACAUCCUACGUGAACAUGUAUCUCAGAGAGAGAACAAUGCAGACCAGGGGCCAGCGCUACAACAUGUAAACAUCAGAGUCAACCCAGCUUCUCCUUGCAGCUCCAGGGUUCUUAUCCUCAGUUUUUAACAUAAUUUGGUAAAAAAAAAAAAAAGCCACAGAUUUAUUGCAUGAAAAUAAGUGUUUCUCAAUUUUGAUUUAAAGCAAGGGUCUGGUUGUUUUACAAACCUGAUGAUGAAAAACACUGGUUCCUUUCCAGCAUUACUUUUUAGAACAGAAACAUUGUGAUGUCUUGCUCAGGAUUGUUUUCUGUCCUGAUACUGACCCAAAUAACUUAGGAUUAGACAUUGGCUGAUACCCAGUCUGAUACUUCAUUAAUAUCGAUCCUAUGUAGACUAGAUGGAGUAAAAUGCUGCACUACAUUUCAUCAGUAUCACAUGGUUUGCAUCAGUACUGGGAUUGUGUUAUUUGUCACUAACUCACCAAUGAUGGUCUGCAGUGUUUCCUUUCCGACUUUACUUACAGACAUAGAUAUUUUAUCCCCACAAAGAGUUUUUGCAGCAUACAUUCAAAAUCCUGCUCAGUUAACUUGGUUAAAUAAGCUAUUAUAAUGUUUUGACAGCGCAGCAGCUGGAACAUGCUUAGCUUUAUCACUUGUUUCUAAAGAAAUUUAAUCUGACCUUCAAAACAGAUAUAGCUACAACUUUAAGUUUUAGUGCUACGCUAAUGUUAGCAUCCUCUGUGUGGAUAUGACUUGACAAUGUGGCCUGCAACAUAUUUCACUGCUGUUCCAGAUAUUCUUGUGCAGAGGGAACUGAUAUGGAGUGUUUUUCUGCUUUUUAAACAUAGUGAUUUGCAUUAAAUGUUCUAAUUUUGAAUGACUAAUGUUUCAGAUAAUCUCUAUGCUGCUCUAGUUGGCAACUGAGGAUAUAUGAACCAUCUGAUCUGAGCAAAGCUGCAGAACAGGUCAUAUGAUGGAAAGGAAGCUGGAGUGGUCAUGCUUUUACCAUCAACGUCAUUGUAAAGGUUAAAAAACAUUUCAAUUCUUAGAUCAAAAAAGAUCAUGGCUGCAUGACUUGCUAGUAGUAACAGAACUAAAACAUAAAAAUGGAAUUAUAUGUUUUAAGACCCUUUUAACAGCAUUUCUUGACAUUUCUUACACAAAACUCCACAACAGUGAUCGUCCAAAUUCAUCCACUCAGUCAACUUUUUAAAAGCAUCAGAUGUUUGGAAUCAGUCCCAUCAAGGAUGCAGGUUAACACUAACCUUUUAGAGCUGAUCACCUGGAGAAAGUGUUGUCUAAUAUUAGCAAUUACCAGCACAACAUGCAAAAUGUCACAUCCCCGCAACUCAGUCUUUCUACUGUUGCUUUAUUUGUUUCUUCUGCCCGGCUAAUAGACUGCAGGGCUCUGAUUUGUGCUGUGAAUGUUCUGUUGUAUCUUAGCCUGUAGAGCGCCAGCUCCACAGCUAGUCUGUAUUCCAUUUCAUUUCCCAAUGUUUGAGGGAAUCUGUGAAUAACUGUAUGGAUGCCAUACAUGGACAUGAAGAGAUUCUCUGCUUGAAAAACCUUUAAAUUGUGUUGUUUUGAUGAGCAUUGGAUGGUUUUUAGCAUUGUUGUCAGUGCUUCCAGUAAAGACGUGCACAUUAAUGCAUUAUAUUUGUGUGGACAGUUUGGGUAUAUUUGAUCAACCAUUUUAUUAGACUUAUAUCUUACAUAACUGACAGAAUUUACUUCCUGAUGAAAAAUAUCUUUGUAAAGAUUCUGAACCACAGGCUCUUUAUAUUUUCUGUUUGUGGGUUUUUAGUCUUCCUCACUUCCUUUGCUGACGUUUUGUGUCACUUCCUUCAAACGCUGAUGUCUGAUCAUGCUUGUGUUCCUGUGCUACACACACAUUACGGGACCCACAGUUUGAAAUAUUGCUCCACACUUCUUGUGGUAUUAAAAACUCUGUGGGGUGACUUUCAAAUUGUCUUUCUUUACACAUCAUUUAGAGUAGUGAAUCCUAGAAUGGGUAUUCCCAAGAGAAAAUGUUUUUUCAGUUUUUUUUUCUUUGUAGGUGUUUUUCUUCCUUUGGUAAAUUUGUCAAAUAAACCUUCUUUCCCCACUGACA